AAAUGUGUCAAGCAAAUUAAGUAUUAUGUAACACUUGUGCUCAAAUUCCAACUUUAAUAUAGUAAAACUAAAACAAAAGGAAAAAUAUAUUUCUACAAAACGGAUAACUCAACAUCUAUACUUCAUUUUUCCUUUUUCUUAAAUGAAAAAAGCAACAUCAUUUAAAGCAGUUCACAUGUAAAGGGGGAUGGGACCCAAAAGACGUUUAUCCGUUGCUGAGCGACAGCAACGUGCGAACGCAGCAUCAGCACCCAAAAAACGUUCUACAACUGGAGGUAGUGCAAAUCAUUCGCCUGCUUCUCGUAAACCAGUCCCGACUGCACCUAGUGGUAGUAGUAGUGCGGUCACAGCUUCUCCCUCCAAAGAAGGGCUUAAAACAUCCUCUCCGGCCAAGAAAUCCAGCAAAAUUUCGGGUAAAGAGAAAUCAGACGAAAUUCUUGAGCCGGAAAGAGAUAAGUUGGAGGCAAAGGAAAUCAAGUGCAAGGAAAGAACUGAGGAGAAAAAAGCCACUACCAGGGCUUCUUCCCGAGAGAAUGUGAAAAGAGGUGCUAAUGAAGCUGAAGAUAAAAUAGAGCCACUGGCUGGUUUAACAUCCUCCAAAGAUGAUUUAAAACCCUUGGAUUCUACACAUAAAGAGAAAGAAGAAAACAUUAGUUCCAACUCCAGCACAACUAGCAGUAGUUCUAAGCCUCAAGAUAAAAAGGAUGGUAAAAAUAAAGCCAUUAGCAAAAUGCUCAAAAGUUUGGAUAUAAAAAUAAGUGGUUUUGAUAAUCUGCUGCCCAAGGAGCAGAACAUACAAGAGUUGGGAUUGAAAUCGUCGAUUUCGGAAAAUGUUAAAACCAAGUCUCGGGCUGCAGCAGUAAAAGUUAUAGCCUCUCUUAAUACUCCCAAGCCGGUUAAAAGAGCCAAAAAUCCAGAAGCAGAAGAAAAGAAGAGGGCAGCACAAAAGCAAAACGAAAAAGCUAAAGAAGCCACAAAGGAGUCAGCAAAAGAUACAGUAAAAGACUCUGCUAAAGAUUUUAGUAAGGAUAUGGAUAAAUCUAGCCAUGGUCACAAAACUAAAGUGCCAGAGAAAUCAGUGAAAGCUAAAACGGCCGAGAAGCAUCCUGCGGAAACUGAGACUGGCAAAAUGAGUGAACAUAUAGUUCCAGAGAAAGAGAAGAAAGUAGUAAUAAUUGCAGCUACUCAAGAGAAGGAGAUUGACAAAGAAAAGGAAAAGGAGGAAGCAAUUACUUUAAUAGAAACUAAAAAGAAAAUGGCUGCAAAAAAGGCUCGAAUAGAUCAACUGCUUAAAACUAAGAAAUCUACUGGCAGUAAAACAAAGCCGGAUAAACUAAAGGAAACGGAAGAGCGAAAGGAAGAGCUAGACAAAGUAAAUAAGGAAACAGAAACAGGCACUAAAGAACAUAACGAGAAAGAAGAAAUUACUAAAAGCGUAGUUAAUAAAGAAACUCAGGGUGAAACAACACCUAAAGAAACCCUAAACAAGGAAGAAGAGAAAGCUCAAGAUAUAAAAGAAAAGCAUAACUUAAGUGAGCAACUGGAAAACCCCUCUAAAAUCCAAGAAAUUCCCACGAAAAAGAAGUCACCAAAACACAAAACAACUAAAACAGAAGUUCAAGUUCCAGACAAGCCGGAAGCAAAGGAUAAUGAAAAGCUGGUAGAUAAACUAGAGCAAGACAAUAUGGAAGCAAAGAAGCCGGCUUUAGAUGAACAGCAGCCUGUCAAUACUAAAGAAAAACUAAUAAAAUCUCCCAAAAAAUCAACAACUCCCCAAAAAUUAACACAACCCAAAGCAGUUAACGAAACAAAGUGCAAUAAUUUAGAUGAAAUGUAUGAAGAAAAAGAAGAGAUACUUAAGGUGGUCAUAGAUUCCAAUACCGAAGUAGUACAAAUGGAAAUAGAAGAAAUCUCAACUAUUAAAAUAAAACCAAAAGAUGACAAGGAUAAAGAAGAUGCAGCAAACGCAAUAGCAAAGAAAGAAGUAAAGCCAGUCGAAUGUGAGCAGAAAGUGGAGGAACAAAAGAAACAGGAAGUGAAAGAGUUUAAAGAAGUUAAAUUCUCAAAAGCAGAAGAGCUCAGCAAAGCUAAAGACAAAGUUGAGAAGGCAAGGAAUUUUGUGGCUCAAACCAAAGCUCCUAUAACAAAAAUAGCGAAUAUUAAACAAAGAUUCCAAACAAAAUUCAAAGUAAAUCCCAUUAAAGCAAAAAUAUCCAAACCGCUUAAGAAAAUGCAGUUAAAUAAAGUUUUGACAGCAAAACCAUUGGCAGUCGUUGAAAAGAAGCUGCAAACUACCAAUGAUGUAUACGAUUUUAAAUCGGGUUCUGAAGAUGAAGAAUUCAUAAAAAUGGAUUUGCCAACCUUAAAGAAUCUCAGAGAGUUCUCCGAAGAAGAUGAAGACAAGAAAGUGCAGCAACAGAAAACGCCCGUGAUGAAGGAUACUCCCAAAUAUGGCAGCAACAAAGACAAACCCAAGAAUGAAGAGACACAAAUGAUCGAUAAAGAAAAGGAGUUGGAGGAGGAUAACGAGAAAGAAGAAAGUCUCAAGUCUUUGCAAAAUAAAGAAAAACUCAAAAAAGAAGAUGAACUUAAGAAAAGCACAAGCCUACAAGGAACUCCCAAAAAAGAGAGCGUUUCAAAAGAAACACCCACCAAGGUGAAUAAAAACAAACAGGAAACUCCCAAGAAAGAGAAACCAGAACUUGUUAAAGCCCCAAAAGAAACUGAAACUGAGGCUAGUUCUGAGGAAAAAUCAAAUUCCGAUUCAUCGGAGGAAAGAGCAGAGAAGAAAUCUGCUAAAAAAUCGGUAAAACUGCCGAAAAAGUCAUUGAAAACCAAUCAAAAGAUCAAAACCAUUAAAAAGAAACCCAUUAAACAAAUAGCCAAGGUUUCCAAAGUUGUUAAGGGUAAAAUGGCUAAGAAAACGGAGAAAACUAAACAGAAAUCAAAUAAAUCUAAGAAUAGUACUUCUGAGGGAAGUAGUAGUGAUUCUGAAGAUGAGAAAAACCUCAUAGUAUUCAGUCAAAAGAGACAUAGAAUGGCUUCUCUAAAUGCUCUAGCCAAAGUGCAGUGCUUGUAUGAAAACGAAUCAAGAACAGCUUAUGAAUUGGGUUUGUCCAAGGCCACCUUGUUGCCACCCAAAAUCAGAACAGUUGAAGAGGAGAAAGAUGAAGAAAAAGAAAAACCAAAAGAGAAAGAUAAGGAAAAAGAGAAAGAUGUGGAACAAGAAAAGAAGAAAGACAAAGACAAUGAAAAGGACAAAGAUAAGGAUAAGGAGAAAGACAAGCCCAAAGAAAGCUUUAGCAAAGCAGAUGAUAAGGUUAAAACUAAGAAAGAGAAAAAGCUGGAGGAUCCUCUGAAAAUAGAAGAGAGCACCAAGGAGGAAAGUGAAGAAGAACCUCCGGAAGAGCCCAAACGAGAACUGCGCAAUGUGCCCGGAGGUCGAGGCAUAGGCAAACAUUGGGAGUUCGAUAGUGACUGUGAAUUAGAUGAAAUUGAUAUUUUGAGAAUGAAAAAGAAAAAGUUACAAAAGAAACUACAAGAUAAAAAAGUAAAAGAGGAAAAACUACAAUUGCUUAAAGAUAAAAAGGAGAUGGAAGAAAAGGGUGAGAUUAAAGACAAAGAACCGAUUAAGGUUAAAAGAAAAUAUACCAAGAUCAAAAAGCCGCUAAAGAAAGUGGUAAAAUUGGCCACUGGCAGCUCGGAGGAUGAAGGAAACUCUGAGUCCAGCGAUAAAGAGGACAAAGAUAAAGAUAAAUUGCAAAAACUUAAAAUGAACGAAGCCAAAAAGCCGCCCAAGAAACGUAAGCGCAUACUUAAGGAAGAGCUAAUAGGAGACUAUAAGGGUAUUUUGGCGCGCAAACGUAUGGCCAGUUUAAAUGCCAGUGCCAUAGUGGCAGCCACAUAUGAAGUGGAAAGGCAUUUAGAUCGUAACUUGGGUCAUUUAAGUGGCUAUGAAACCUAUGAAGAUGAACAGAAAACUCCCAGUAAAAAAACCAAGGAGGCAAAAAUGGCGGCUAAAGAAACAAAGAAUAAGUCAGCAGCUACUAGCACCGCUACAGCCACUACAACAAGUAAUACAGCCACUGCUGCAGCUUCCGCUACUACAACUUCCAGUUCCACAGCUACAGCUACUUUAUCUUCAACUAAUACCACAACUCCAGCAGCUAAGGAAAUAUCCCAUGAUUCCCCCGCCAAAGUGGCCAGUAUACCAGAAUCUAAGCCUACUGCUCCUCAUACUCCCACAAAAGUGGAGAAACCCACUAAUAUUUGCGAAGAGAGCAACGAUUCCAAGUACUCUAAAGAAACCAAAGAAACUAAUACUGAUACUACAACCACUACUACUUCCACCUCUUCGGGCAGUAGUAGCACCACAAACAGCACUAAAGAUGCUAAAGAUUCCAGUCGUCCGACAUCUUCGAGUGUAGUCAUUGUCCAGGACACUGAUGUUACCAUAACGGGUGUCUAUGUUAAUUCAACUACUGGUUCUAGCCAAGAGGCCUAUUGCAAAAUGCAAUAUCGUGUACAAUCUAGUGUUACCGAGGAACGUUUGGUGCGUCCUGGUUCAACGGAACCGCCACCCAAGUCAUAUACUCCAUUGAGUGCUUUGUCGAGCAUGCUGCCACCAGGUGCUACAGCCCCCGGAGGGGUGGGCGAAGGUCAUUCAACUGUGACACCUCCACCAGCACCCACGGCAAACGCCACACAACCCUCUGCGGGCGCAUCUCUAAGCGAAACCCUUAAUGCUGCCGCUGGUCUAUACAAUCCAGCCGAUCUAGGCAUCCAUACCGAACAAGGACCCCUCGAUCAUCAUGGACCACCGCCGCCAUCCUAUGCCGCCGCAGCGGCUGCAGCAGCUGCUGCCUACCAUGCCCAUCAUAUGUCACCACAUGGUGCUGGCCACCAUCAACAUCAAUACGCCCACUCACAUGUCCAUCAUCAGUAUCAACAGGCGGCGGGGGAACAUCAUGGUAUGCCUCCACCACCACAUCACUAUGGCGGUUCGGGACCGCCACCCUCACAUUAUGGCCAACCACCUCCGCCACCCGUGGGACAUUGUGAUGCUGGUUCUCCUCCACCCACGUAUCGUGCCAGUAGUACUUAUGGCUCAAAUCUUCCGGUAGCUUCGGGUCAACCCGCUGCACUACCCUCUGCUAUGGGUAGUGGCGGUGCUUUCUGUCCCACUAACGUACAUUAUCAACAACAACAUCAACAACAGCAACAGCAGCAGCAACAAGCACAACAGUCAGCACAAAAUGCUGCACAGCAGCAACAGCAGGCAGGAGCUCAAGCCUCGGCAAAUGAAACAAGUGGUUAUUACCAACCAGCUGGACCAUUGAUCUCACCUCAUGUUAUACCACCAGUAACGGCUGGUCCACCAAUACCACCAAAUGUGCCAUUGUUGCCAGCAACUACAACUAAAAUCAAGUCGCAAACACCAACAACACCCACAGCCGAUGGUAGUGAACAUGUACCAACGCCUGGACAAACAAAUCCCGCAUCUACGGAACCACCCGAUUCGGAUGUCCUCAUUACUGGCGGUGAUUUGACACCUUUUCGGUAUCCACCACACAGUACAAGUGGUGGUACAUCGCCGGCCGCUGCAGCAGCAGCACAUCACAGUCAACAACAACAACAGCAGCAGCAACAACAACAGCAGCAACAUCAUCAGUUACACCAACAAGCUGCUGCAGCAGCCGCAGCAGCGGCCGCGGCGGCAGCUGCUGCUCAUCAAGGUUCACCAUAUCCUCGUUCGAUGCAUGCCCAAAUGCACUAUUCUACAGCAUAUCCGGCUAAUUAUUACUCACCAUAUCCCGGUGAACCCAUGUGCUAUUCACCACCUGCCUAUCAACCAUAUUUUCCAACCAAAGUUUAUCAAAGUGCACCGCCACCACCACACCACUCGGCCUACAGAAGAUAUCCCUACUAUCAACCGGGUCAUCCACCACCACCCGCGGAUUUAUAUGAACAAGCACCACCACCGCCAACGGCAGCUGGUGCUGCUCCACCUCCGGGUGGUCCACCACCAUCACAGUCGGGCGGACCUCCACAGGGUGGUUCACAGUUAGUACCGGCUGGUCCGGCAGCACAUAGUCAACAUUUGGAACAUUAUCCCGGUCCGCCCGGUUAUUAUCCAAGUUAUAGUCCCGGAGGUGGUGCAGCUGGUCAGUGUUAUACACGCAGUAUUCAGGCUCCGUAUAUGGAUUAUCCGCCACAGUGUCCGUGUCCAAUGCAACAAUCGUGUCCAAAAAACGUCCAUACUGGGCCUCAUAUUGGUAGCAACAGCAGCAGCAGCAACAACAGCAACAGCGUCAACAACAGUACUUCAACCAACAACAGCAGCAGCAACGUAACAACAAUGAUCAAUCACUGCAACAACAGCAGUUUGAAUGUAACUAUGUCACACAGCAGCAACACCAGCAAACAAACGAACAACAGCAACAACAACAGUUCGAGUACCAACAGCAACAAUUUGAUGAUGAAUGCCAAGAACAAUAAUAACAACAGCAGCAGCAUUAAUAGCAACAAUAACAACAACAACAACAGCUAUGCAUUGACUACCAGUAGAGGCCCAGUUAAAAAUUUAACACCCAACAACACCACCAACAACAACAACACGCCGUUGACAAACAAUGACACACGGAAAGAGGCACCAAAGACUUUGCCGUUAUUAUCGAUAGCAGUCAAAACCGAAAUGACCAACGAUGAUACGGACAACAAAAGCCAGUACGAAGAGAAUGUUCUGACACCACUAACACCUCCCGAAAACUAUAGCACAAAUGAGGAUAAAUUGCGGGAUUCUUUGGAUAAGGAUACAGUGACCGCAAUACCCUUAGAGGAAGACAUAGAAGAGGCUAUUGAUAAACUACAAGCUAAUAAUCCUCAGCAUCAGCUACAGCAACAGCGGGCAAACAAUGCUCAUUUGUUGGCCAUAGCUACCCCUAUUGAGGCAUACGAUUUGACUACCACUACUCCACCACUGCAGAAUAACCCCACUCAAGCGCCAGCAAAUGGCAACACACAAUCUACCCAGCAAACGGUCGGUAGAAGAGCUAGAAUUGGCAAAUCCAUGGCUUGGAAUAUGGUAUAUGCGGGAGCAGCUUCGCAGCCCAACUCGGUGAACAAUAUGACCCCUUUACCCAAUCCACUUCCUACACAGCCAGCGGCCAUUGUAACAGCGCGUUCCAAUUCUCAACCAAACUCACCAAUGCACUGUAACAUUUUGAACUCACCACAAAGAGUGACGCCAGUAGCACACAAUUCACCGCAACAUAAUAAACAUGUAAAUAAUGGCAGCAAUAUGUUGCUCAACGUUACAAUACCAUCAGGCGGCACUCCAAUCAACGCCACUAACAAUGUAACCACAAAACAAGAAAUAGAAGAAAUUACCACUCCGCUGCUUCUGAAAGCUGAAAUUAAAGCCGAAAAAAUUAAGCUAGAGGAUGACUUACUGGAUACAGUGCUGCAGCAACAUUCAAAUGUUUCACAACACAUUACAUCUUCACCUCAGAAACAUAUCAUACAAGACAAAAGCGAGCUUAAAAUUAUUAAGGCCGAACCCGUAACUCUAAGCGAGGUACUGAGUGAGAGCAAAGUGAAGAUUGAAAAUGAUUGUGAAAUAAUUAAAAUGGCAGAAUAUAAGGAAAACGAGCAGGAGACGGAUGAACACAAACCCAACUCAAAUCAUACAGUUUCAGCAUUAAAUAAGCCAAUGGGACGUAUGCGUUUAUUGCCAUCCUGGCAACCCGCUUUGACUACCGUUAAUUGUGACAUUGAUCUUUCUAAUGCCUCUGACGAUGAAGUACUUGAUCUAUGUCAUAGUCCCGUUGUGGGUUCCACCUCAGGAAAACGUAUCAAAAUAUUGGAGUUUAAUAAAAACCAAUGCAAAAAAUCACCACCCAAUAGCUAUAAAAGCCUAAUCAAACAAACCGAGCCCAAAACAUAUCUUUGUUUGAGCCGCAAAUUUGAUAAGAAAUCCCGGUUUGGUAAACUGCAUUCUUCGAAAUCCAGUAAAAAUAAUGGUCACAAUAAUGGCAUACGUCGCCGGGAACUAAUACUCACGGACCAACAAAAACAAAGACUGAGGAUACGCAAAAAGAAAUUGGCCGCCAUAGAAAAUACUAAGAGAGAGGCUAGAGAGCUAAGAAGAGCUGAAAUAAAACAGAAACGCAAAGAAGCUAAACGGCAACGCGAACGGGAAGUAAAAAGCGAAAAACACUCAACGGAAAACAAACAUCAAAUUGAAAGUACUAAAGAAGAGAAAAAGCCCAGUAUAGUCAACUUGAUAGAGGACGAAGAAGAGCAGGAAACUAAAAAUAAAUUCCAAACAGAGGCCCUUAACACAGCAUUGGACACCACAAAUUGUUCAAUGUUGCAGGGUAAACUUAUUAAAUCGGUGGACAAUUCACCUUUAAACACACCAAAACCCUCACCCAAGCGUGGCAAACCGGCUAAAAAGCCAACUAUACCAUUACAUCUCGUAGAAACCAUAGAUGCAGGGGCUAGAGGUUAUUUUUCGGAACCAGAAUGUCGCUCUUCCAUUAGUCUGACAUCUUCAACCUGUCACAAGGAUUUCCCAACAACAAAAAUUGAGGAACAGGAAACAAGAAAGCCUCUAGUAACUAAAACUCAACAUAAAAUUAAAACCACCUCCGAAAAAAGAUCGAAAUCUGAGACCAAAAAACCCAUAAAGUCGACUGGGUUAAACAACACAGACGAAGUCAUUAGCUUGGAAUUACUAACAAGGCCAGUUUUAGAUUUAGCAACCCUAAAAGCUACAGUUCCCUCACAAACUACCUCAAAAAUAGUUGCAAAUGAGAUUAGUCAUGAAAUUGGAAGUGAACCUUCCGGGCAGGAUGUUGCACAAGAAAUUCAAACAAAAGUCAGCAAAAAAUCAACUACUACCAAGAAAUCAAGAUCAAAGGAAUCAAAAUCUAAAAAAGAAAGAAAAUCUAAAAAGUCUUCAUCAUCCACUUGUAAUAGCAAAAAAUCAAAAUCCUCGAAAAAAUCAAAGAAUUCCAAGAGCGAAGAAGUAAAUAUUCCUAAUACAAACUUCAAAAAUUCCACUGAUGUGGAAAUACCAGAAUCUGAGAGUAGUGAAUCAAGCUCCUGCCUAGUUGAAACAAAUAAUAAUGAAUAUGAUAAAUUACUAAUUGAUACACCAGCAACAACGCCAUCACCAUUAUUUAAUGAAUCUCAUAACGUGGAUAAACAUGCAUCGGAAGACGAAGAACAUGCGACAACAACACUGGCUGGUACAGUGGAAAAUAGUGUUCCAUUAAAUAACGCUCAAAUAACAUCCACAAGUCCAACACCAUUAAACCAAGUGGGACAGACGCUAUCAUCGGCAUCACAACAACAGAUGCAACAACAUUCCAAUGAUAUGCCCAAGGCAACACCUGUAUUCCUGCAGCCAACUCUUCCGCCUAUGCCUCGGGUAGUAUGUCACUCACAUCAUCACCAGCAUGCGGGCAAAAGAAAUCGUUCACGUUCCAAGUUUGGUAGUCGUAAACGCCAAAAGCUAAAACAUUCCACCGUAUCCUUUGAGCUCGACGAUACACUGCCAGCGGUGCCGCGCGGUGAUGUAGUGCCAAAAUGGAACAAUGGUUGGACAUGGGAAGGAGAACCAUUCCAGGGUGCUGUAUUUUUAAAUAGUGACGAUCCAUUGGUUAUACGUACUUGUUAUCCUGCUAUGCGUCAUCUUGAGGGCGAUAUUAUACGCUCACGUGAUUGUGUGCUCCUAAAAGCUAACGAUGACAAUGAGUUACCCUAUGUGGCAAAAGUUGCUCAUCUAUGGGAAAAUCCAGAAGAUGGUGAAAUGAUGAUGUCGUUGUUAUGGUAUUAUCGUCCCGAACACACCGAACAAGGUCGACAAACCAGUGAUAGUCCUGACGAAGUCUACGCAUCCCGUCAUCGGGAUCAUAAUUCUGUGGCCUGCAUUGAAGAUAAAUGUUAUGUUUUAACGUUUAGUGAAUACUGCAGAUAUCGGCGACGACUACGUGCUGCUGAAGAAGAUAUCGAAGACGUCAAUAUUGUACCGAAACGACCCAAUUAUUAUAGUAUACGCAUUGUGCCCGAUAAUACCAAUCCGGAAUUGGUGAUGUUUUGCCGGCGAGCGUAUGAGUUUCGAACAAAACGUCUUCUUAAGAUGCCAAAUAAACAAGAUUAUUAUGUAGUAACGUCAUAAACAGAAUAACGAAAACACUUAUCACAAAUCAUUUGAAAAAGAUAACAACAACUACUUUUUUAUUAGAAAUUAGUAACAAAACAAACACAAAAGUAUUGAAAGCUAUAGAGGAAAUAAUAAUAAUAACAAUAAUAAAAACAUAAACGUAAAAAACAUAACCUCAUCAUAAACUGUAUUGAAAGCAUUGAAAUUGUUAAGGCCUUUUUAAAAAAGAAAGAAAAAUAUAUUAAGUUAUAUGAUAUUCUAUUUCUCAAUUAUACAAGGAUUUUUUUAUAUAGUUUAAAUCAGAAAUCACAACAAUAAUUUUUAAUUGUUUUAUAAUACAUUUAUUGUUAAACAUCAUAAAUAACAAACAUCGUAAAAAACUUUAGACUAAACACAACAUUAUUAACAUACAAACAAAUAAAUAAAUAAAUAAACAAGGUAACAUUUAGUAUUAGAAAAAUUAAAAAUAAUAAUAAAAACAC